AAUGUAAGACAGUAAUUUCCCUUCGAAACCAUUUUCUUCGUGUGUAUUACCCAACUCUUUUUUUUAUUUGGUAUGCAAAUGAUAAUGACGAUGCAACGAAUAUGCAAAUGAGUUCUCUACUUUCCCCUGAAGUGUGUGUGCUGCAGCUCUGCUCCUGUUUCAGCGUGUGUUACUCAGAGCGGUGUUAGGGGGCGCUGUGGAAGAGGCGCUGUCCAGAAGGAGAGUGACGUCAGCAUCAGCUGUGCUCUGAUUCAGAGAAAAUCACUCCUCAGUCACACGGCUGCAGCGCCAACGUACACACGCGCUAUAGAAGAGAAUAUGCUUAUUUACAGUGUUUCUGUAAUAUAAUAAAGUCCCGCUAACGCUCAUACAGCAGCUGGAGUCCGGCUUUGUGCAGGAAGUUUCAUCGUAUCUGUGUUUAUUUUCCGCCGAGUCACCGUGUGGAGCGCGUUCACAUUCAGCUCUGAAGCUUGGACCCUGUGCUCACACCCAUGGUGGGGAAGGCAGUCAAUGGAGGACACCGCCCUCAAGCAGCCCACUAUGGUUUCCAGACUACCAAAAUUUGGCUCUCGUGCUACACCUGCUGCUGGACCCUUAACCAAUGGCUCGACCCAUAAUGUUUCCUCUGGAUGGGCUAAAGGAGUAUCUGUAGGAAAGCAGAACGGCAUAAUUAAGGUCCCUGCCCCCUUCCCUAUGAAGGGGAGGAAGGGGAGGGAGGAUUGUGGAGAGAAUGUUCCAGAUUCUGGAGAAGAGGCUCAAGUAGUUCUCCGUUCUCAGCAGCAGCCACGCUCUGCUGUGACUGUCAGGCAAAUUAGAAAGCCCUCAGCUGCCCCAGUGGGUAAAACCCAACGUUCCAUCCCCGCUGUACCCGGUACCAUUGCUAGGACUAUUAAUCAGCCCAUAAAAACAAACCCACGCACUACUGCCCCCAAACAGCCCUCACCCAUUCAGCCAUUAUACAGCAAGGUUGGGGGGAAUGUAGUCGCUGCUAGUCAUGGCUCUUCCUCAUCUCCCCAGGGAAGUCUUCAGAGCAGCCUUUCACACUCCAGUGACAGUCUCAAGUCCCUCUCUGUUGAGAACGUCGUGCGCUCUCAAAGCUUCUCCUAUUUAAAGAGGCCUGUAGCUGCCACUAACCCACCUCUGACACGUUCUUUCUCAUUUAACCGGGCAACAGAGCUAGUGAAAGAGCUGCCCAGGCCACUGGCACAGUCUCCGGUAGCCAGGUCUCCUGUCACUCAGGCCUCCAUGGUGUUAGAUCGUGUAGCAAAGCCUACAAUAGCAACUUGUACUAUCUCCUCCAUACCACAAUCAACUUUGAAGAAAUCUCUUCUGCCUAAUUGCACUGACGGCAAGUCAUCAUCACUUAGCUAUAAGCUAACGCGGCCAUCGCUCAUCAAGCAACCCCGCCCAGUUUUGCCGGUUAAAGUCCAAGGGAAGAUGGAAUUUACAGAGAGGGAUGGAGAUUAUCGAGAAAAAGCUACACCCAUUUCUGAACCAUCCAGCAACACACACAGUGCUGGAACUACUCCCGAGGAACCCUUUUCCGCCAAGGUGGUAAAUGACAGCCGAGGUCAAUCUCUGGAGGUCUUGGAGGACAUGUCUUUAUCAUCCACAUCUUCUCUGGAACGCAAUGAUGUGAGUGAAGAAUACAUGGACGACUUUGAUGACUUGGGUAACGGAGGCGGAAUUCUGCUCAUGUCUGUUCACGAGGGAAAAAAUGACCGCAUAGGGCUCUGUGGUGGUCACCGUCAGGAGGGUCUGCACAGCUUCAUGUCUGAGACCGUAGACUGGGCUGAGAUGGGCCUCACAGGUAGAAGCGAGGUGGCUGAUGCCUCACGUCGCUGUGGGACCCGAGCACUGUCUGCAGAGAGAGAUUUACCGCAUGGCUCCUCCCUGGAGCUCUCCCCUUCUGACAGCUCUGGCGGAACAUACAUGUGGGACGAGGAGGUUCUGGAGCCGAUUGGACGGGCCACACAACUCUGUGGAAGCUUUGACUCCAACCUUAACAGCAUGGACAUUCUCAAUAACUUGGACAACUUGGACUCUUGUGACCUGGAGGACGAUGACCUCAUGCUGGACGUGGACCUGCCCGAAGACGUCUCCCUCCACAGCGACGUUGAUGUAGCAGCUCAUUAUGAUCAUGCCGAGAGUAAUUACUGGCCAUGGAGAAAGUGCAGAGGGAAAGUGGAGCAGCUACACUACGAGGAAAGAGACGGAGUUCUGCAGACGUUUGAUAACGGUCCACCACUGGGUUCCAGCAGGAGAGGGUCUGGAUCGUCUCUGGAUGAGUUGAUGCUGAAGCACAUGGCUCAGGACUGUUCAUCUGUCAAAGAACAGCUGUUUCAUCUGAAGACACUGCUCCAGCUGGAAGAGGAUGGAUCAGUUGAUGAAGCUGAGCAGUUAGAGUCCAGUCCAUCUUCUGAAGAACCGAGCUAUCAACAAGUGGACGAGCUGUUGAAGGAGGUGCAGAAGCUAAGAGAAGAGCUCAGAGGGAGAGACGUACUGAUUUCUAAACUCACUCAGCAGCUGGCGGCUCCUGCAGAGGUGACACGGUGCCUCUGCCAGCAGGGGGAGCUGCAGAGAUUGGAGCAGCAGGACAAGAGCACUCAGACUGCAUGGAGAUCACAGAACCCUCAGAUACUACAGCCUUCCCAGCCCUCAGCCAGCAACCACAACAAGUUGGCAAGACCAUCACACCCAGCCCUCUCAGAGGCCCUCAGUGACCGUGUGGAUUCCCAGCCUGGUGACGGUCCAGUGAAGCCCCAGUCCUGCACUGUAGUUUUACCCGUUUCUGCCACCAGUAAUGCCAUGCUUCCUUCCUCUGUGCCCACGACUGCUCCUGCUGUUAGUGCCGCUGCUGCCUCUUUAUCCUCCAGCACUCUGAACUCAGAUAAUCUCCUCCUCCUCCUAAACACCCAUCUCCGGAUAGACGAGUCAGACAGCCCCAGGGCUCAUGUUGGUAACUACGUCCAGCUGAGGAGGACGAAUCAACAGCUCGGUGACCCUCACACAUUCAGCAGAGAUAGGAAAGCUCCUGUUCUCAUGAAACCCCGAGGAGGCGAGCAGGUCGGCUUAGGACGAGGAGUGCGUAGUGCAUUUGGUGCUCACCGAGGUCUCAGCGGUCCAUCCAGGACCAGACAUCUGCCCCCUCCAUCCCGCGGCCUGCCCUGCAUCAGCUCAGCAUCACAGUCCAAUCUAAUUCCAUCAACACACAGCUCAGGCAUCAGAAAGAUCUCAGCUCCUAGAAACGAGGAGACCGGCUCGGUCCGGGUUCAAGAUCCGUCUAACGCCUGUAACUCUCGCCUCCCUAAACCAAAGAGCCACUAACCCCUUCCCUCUGCUCCGCUUUUCCUCUUUCUUCCUCUCCUCCUCUACAGCACUGCUCAAGGCAUCACUCCACGCUCCACUCCUCGGCCAGGUUACCAGCUCUGAAUCGCUGCUGAUCUCUGAGCUCAUAUUUAUUUUAUCAAACAGUACCCGAUGUGUUUGGUCUGCCCAGGCUCUAUACUUACAACACGCAGUUAAAAUAACUCGAACUUAGGGAGAUUACAAUUCUGAAUCCCGACGAUGUGGCCAGGAGUCUCGAGAGUGUAAUUGGCUGUGCUGUCUGAGUGGGAGGGGCUUUACUCUAUCACCUGUCGAUCAUAACGGCACUGUCAAAUCGAGAGCUCAUGUAGGGCAGAUAGCACUUUCCUCCAAGUGAUGAAGCGUGAGUAGCAAAAAGAGAAACCUCCUCAGUUCCCACUGUCUGUACCAGGAGAAAGCUAAACACACUCAAGUCUUGGGUAAAAUCCCAUUUAUUCAGCGCAUUAUAUUCUGAAAGGCUAUUGACAAUCCCUUUAUUGCCUUUAGAUCUUCACAAUGCUAAUAAAUAAAUCUGACUAAUGUAGAAAAGAAACCACAGUAAUGACAAUCGAAAAGAGCUUGAUAUUAUUCUGUAUUAUUAAACAUUAAAAACUCAGCAUCAUCGUACACUUGAUAAUCCAACGGGUGGUAGUUUGACGGUCAGCUUGUUUUUAUUAUUAUUAUUAUGAAUGUAAUAGAUACGUGCUGUGUGUGAAGGUCAGCUGUGUGUAAAUGUCAGAGCUGUGUGAGUUGCCCUUUAAAACGAGUGGCAUACGUCUUCUACUGUUUCCAUCACAUCAGACUGUUCCUCUGUCUGGUGUAGGAGCGCAAGACGGCGUGAUCCAUUACUGUAAUAAGUGACUGAUACAUCAGCGCACUGCUGCUCUUGUCCUCCUACAGAAACGUUCACACUCUCUCGGUUCUGAGUGAGUGUGUUCACUCUCUGUCCCUUCACCGCACAUGAUCUACCCCAACAUGUCCACUUUCUUCAUCAAAACACAGGAAUCCUCCCCCUGAGCUGCAGUAGAGUUUAUACAGACUGGAGAGAGAGGAGAAAGAGCUUGAGAGUAGAGCUGAAGAGAGGAGGAGAUGCAGUAACGCUUGGUGGACCCAGUGUUCCAGCCGUUUUCUGUUCUACGAUAAGAUCCUCACUGAGUGAGUGAAAGGAAGAGAGAAAGAGAGGGUGUUGCAUUGAUGGAGGUAGAGAGAGUCUCAUUUGUGUUGAGAUGUAGUUAGUGUGAGAGAGAGUGUGAGAGAGAGAGAGAGAGAAAGGUAGAGAGAGUCUUAUUUGUGUUGAGAUGUAGUUAGUGUGUGUGAGAGAGAGAGAGAGAGUGUGAGAGAGAGAGAGAGAGAGAGAGAGAGAAAGGUAGAGAGAGUCUUAUUUGUGUUGAGAUGUAGUUAGUGUGUGUGAGAGAGAGAGAGAGAGAGAGUGUGAGAGAGAGAGAGAGAGUGUGAGAGAGAGAGAGAGAGAGAGAAAGGUAGAGAGAGUCUUAUUUGUGUUGAGAUGUAGUUAGUGUGUGUGAGAGAGAGAGAGAGAGAGAGAGUGUGAGAGAGAGAGAGAGAGUGUGAGAGAGAGUGAGAGAGAGAGAGAGAGAAAGGUAGAGAGAGUCUUAUUUGUGUUGAGAUGUAGUUAGUGUGUGUGAGAGAGAGAGAGAGAGAGUGUGAGAGAGAGAGAGAGAGAGAGAGAGUGUGAGAGAGAGUGAGAGAGAGAGAGAGAGAAAGGUAGAGAGAGUCUUAUUUGUGUUGAGAUGUAGUUAGUGUGUGUGUGUGAGAGAGAGAGAGAGAGAGAGAGAGAGAGAAAGAAAGAAAGGUAGAGAGAGUCUUAUUUGUGCUGAGAUGUAGAGAGUGUGAGGUCCAGACCAUCUGUGUUACAUCAAACCAUUCGGUGAUCCCUUUGCUCUGUGGAUGGGGCGGAGUCACCCUGCACGAGACCACGCCCACCAGAAUAGAAAGGUUUCAUCAUGCAGGAGUGACGUGCAGAGACGCUUCCACAAAGUCGUGCUCUUAAUAAACUCCCUCACGCCAUGACUGUAUAUCAUAUUUACUAAACAUAAUCUUCUGCUCCUGUAGUUCACUGACCUUAGAGUAAUGAUUCAUUUAUUAGAAAACUUCUCACACUCUACACACACUCUAUGCACACACUACACACACACUACACACACUACACACACCCUGCAUACUAUACACACACACUUUACACACACCCUGCAUACUAUACACACACACUUUACACACACUCUAUACACACACUACACACACUCUGCAUACUAUACACACACACUCUGUACACACACUACACACACUCUGCAUACUAUACACACACACUCUAUACACACACUACACACACUCUGCAUACUAUACACACACUCUGUACACACACUACACACACUCUGCAUACUAUACACACACACUCUACACACACUACACACACUCUGCAUACUAUACACACACACUACACACACUCUGCAUACUAUACACACACACUCUAUACACACACUACACACCACACACUCUGCAUACUAUACACACACUACACACACUCUGCAUGCUAUACACACACACUCUAUACACACACUACACACACUCUGCAUACUGUACACACUCUACACACACCUUGCAUACACACUCUACAUACUCUGCAUACUCUACACACACACACUACACACACUCUACAUACUCUACACACACUCUACACACACACACUACACACACUCUACAUACUCUACACACACUCUACACACUCUCUGCACAUGCUGCACACACUCUACACACUACUGCCACGCUUUCUAUGCAAGAUUUUAUUUAGUUGAGCUUCCCGGAGUACGUCACAUGCUGAGUGUUUUAUUUAAACACCACAGCACUGUGCGCACACACACACACACACACACACACACACACACACACACACACACCCCGCUUAUUCAUUAAUGUAACUACUGUAAAAAUCCAUAACAAUUAUGACGUGUUAAUAAAUAAGUUGUAAUUGUUUACAUGUCGCCUUGGUAACAGAGGAAUAAAACACUUGGUUAUAGGAGAAUAAUCAGCAUCAUCAUGCUAACAGUAACUUCACCACACCACACUGAUUAUUUUCCUCUAACAGCACUGCACACACACUGUGUUUUAUUCUGUACUUAUACAGUCUGUGUCUAUGACAGGGCUUUUCAUCUCUGCUCUCUCUCUAAAACGCUCCUGAAAGAGAUGGGAGUCUGAAUCUGACGUGACCUCCACGUGGUUCAGACUCACACCAGCUGUGGUGUGUUUCAGCGCAGUGAGGAGCGCUCGUGAUUAUUCUGAUCACUGAAACUCAGGAGUACAGCAGCGUCUCUGUGCAGAAGAAUCCUCACUGUAAUCCUCAAAUACUUCUGUCACUACACCUCUAUCCUCCACACACACACACACACACACACACUCACACACA